UCAUUUCCUUUUAUGUUCAGGUUGUGAAGAAUCUGUGAUGAUGAAAACUUGUUUGAUUCUUCUGCUACUACUAAUGAGCUUUACGCCAUUACUAUGUGAGCCAACUUAUAAGGCUUUCUCUGCUAAGGGGGAGUAUGGUGAGUUUAAUGAGAAGAUGAAGCUGGGAUCGAAGCCUCCGAGCUGUGAGUACAGGUGCGGGGCUUGUAAGCCCUGUGGAGCAGUGAAGGUGCCAACUACAAGCGAAGGUAAUAACUGUGGGUUAAGGGCACAGUAUACUAACUAUGAGCCAGAAGGCUGGAUGUGCAAGUGUGGAUCUUCUUUCUAUAAUCCAUAGACGGAGUUUCUUCAUAUAAAUGUGUUUGUGUGUGUUUUUCUCAAGAAGAAGAUGAAGUAGAAUGUUGAAGAUAUAUGAAGCCAUGAAGGGUUUGGAAGGUUCUUUUGCAGUCUGGUUUGGACUGAGUUAAUGAAAUAUAUGUUUGGCUUAAUUAAGAAGGCUGUUUUAUUUGAUAAUAUGAUAUUAAGUUCUUAAUUAGUUGUGUGGUUAAUGAUGUUAUGGUUGUUAUUUGGAGGG